AUGCCACUCUUUUCCGGAAAAGAAGCCUUCAUCAUCCUCGGUCUCUCACCGAUCCAGCCCUCGCUCCACCACCGCUCGGAAAACUGCACCGUCUGCACCCUCCCUCUCACCAUGCAUCCCGGCCUCCCAAUUCUCCAGCGCCCUCCCCACCCCGCCACACGCAUCAACCUGUGCAACCACAUCGUCGGCAAAGAAUGUCUGCUCGCGUGGCUCGACAUCAGCUGCGCGUGUCCUGUGUGCAACCGCACUCUCUUCGACGCUACCGACGAGGAGAUUACGGAGCGCGAUGUCGCGUUUGUGUACAAGAAGCUGAGGCAGCUAUGGAGGAAGGGGGAGAUCCUGGCGGCGAUUGAGAGGGUCAUCACGAGGAAGAGAUUCGAGCAAGAAUGGCGCGAGGAGCGGGCGCCUGGAGUUGAUCCAGUGGAGGAGAAGGGGGAAGGAGAAGAUGCGGUGUUUGAGGGAGAAUUCUGGGAUGGGAGUGAGGAUGGGGAUGAAGAGAUGAAAGAGGAGGAGGGAAGUGAAGAGGGCGAAAUUAUUAAGAGGGAGGGGAUGGACGACGACAAAGAGGGUUACGAUCAGGGAAAUGAAGGCGACGGCUAUAACGAUGUCGGUGGUUCAGAGGAUAUGGACAUUUCGGACUCUUCAGAGUGACUGGGCUUGAAGUCUACAUACCAGGUACUGGACUUGUCGGAUGCUUGGUCAACACAUUAGAUGGAUACAUCGUUGCAACACGGCGUUUGGGUACCAUGACGACACUUCCCAAAAAUCAAAACCUUUACACACACACCUCAUAGUUCAAAGUGCCUAUAUCUUGCAAUGUGUUUACAACGCUCAGAUUACGCAAGCCUUGGAAUCCAGGUUCCGACCAAGACCCCUUUCUUACACUAAAAUUAGGUCGUGAUCCAUCCCACCCAUCAAACCUGACGCCAAUUCCCCUGGCUAGCAUUGGUGCACCAUAAAAUGUAUUCGAGCAAUCUGGCACCCACCCAUCUUCGAUGCUACAUAAAGGGAGACGAGGGGGGAG